AUGUCUGGUGAAAUUUCGGCCACCAUGGAGAGCGACGCACCACAGACGGCUGAACGCACACCGAUAAUGCCGGGCUCACUGAAGUUCAUCACGUGGGACAUAAACGGUCUCGACUACCGGAACUUGAUGCCACGUACUCAAGCCAUCUGCUCGAUAAUCCGAGACGCAGACCCGGACGUGGUUUUCCUCCAGGAAGUGGUGACUCUCCUCGAUGAUACUAUACGGCGAACUUUUCGAGACUACACUUGGGUCCGAAAAUACAUCAUGGACAACUUUACUUGCACCUUGCUGAAGACAGCCACCACAAAAUUCGAGAGGUGCAAGAUACGCAAGCUCACGCGCGACUCGGUGAAACGGCAGGUGAUGACGAUCGAGGCAUCUUUCGCGGGCCUCCCGAUCACGCUUAUCAACACCAAGCUUGAACCCGAUCCCGACAAGUCGAAACUGCGUAAGAAUCAACUCUCCAAGUGCUUCAAGAAGUGUCUCAAGCAGCCUUCUAACAGGACUGUCAUCUUCGGCGGAAACCUCGGCCUGCGCGGACACGAGCUCGAUGACGUGGGUGGACGUCCGCGCUCCCUAGUGGACGUCUGGGAACGCUGCGGCAGGCGGCGGGAGGUCCGCUACACGUGGGACAUGAUGGUGAACGACAACCAUCCCUGGAACGCUCGCAAGAAGCCCCAGUACCGCCCCGACAGGGUCUACAUUAAGGCUUCCAAUCCGGCCACCAUGGCGCCUGGGUCUUUCGACUUGAUAGGCACGGAGAGGCUGAGCUCACUCGGUCGCUUCCCCAGCGACCACUGGGGUCUGGUGUGCCGUUUCAAUUUGCUGUAG